UCUAUGCGUUUUCUGAUCUAAUCUAAAGUUACAAAUUUUAUUGUAAGAGACCUCCAAAGAAAAAAUGUUGAGAAAUUAUGUGAACCCAAAAUCAAUCUCCAAGCAUAAUAUAAGAUCAUGUAUAUACUCUUUUUAUCUUAAGAGAGGAAGUGCGAGUGGAGGGAGGGAAGAAGGAAGAGCUCCUUCGACGGCGGAGGAGUUCACAAGACAAGGUUGUACUAGCCAAACAGUUGAGAAGGCUUUUGACGGAGCUGCGGUUGCGGUAAACGUCUCCGGUGAUUCUGAGGAGGAUGUGGAGAAGGUGAAAGAGGCGUUUAUAGAGAACAAAGACUAUAAUUAUAAGAAGGGAAAUGAUGAUGAUGAUAAUGAUGGUUUCCCUAUCAACACGGUUAAAGGAAUAUAAACGCAGGGCCGGCCCAUGGGUAAAGCCCAUGAAGCAAGGGCUUUAGGCAUCAAAUAAUUAUAAGUAGUUUUAGGGGCAUCAAUUUUUAAAAUGUUAUUGUGGUCUAGUAGAUAGAUUGAAGUCUUUUGUUGUACAGGUCAUGGUUUCGAAUCCCAUACAUGUUAAAAUUUGUAUUUUUUU